AUGUUUUGGAUUUUAAUAUUUUGUAUCCAAGCAGCUUUUGCUGUUGAUCAAAAUUUACUGGAUUCUUUCAAGACGGUGAAGGAGAAGUUUCAACAAGCUCAAGACGCUCUGGGUCAAUUUGAGAAGUUACUGCAACAAGAAACUGGAGUGAUACCAAAUAGUGAGAUAAAUGUGGAUAAUUAUGAAGAAUCGCCGAAUCUGGAAAAAGAGUAUAGAAUUCUAGAUACAAUGAACGCUUGGAAUCGAAUGUCAACUUGGACAAAACCCAAAAUAUCUUCAGAUCAAUCAACAAAGCCAGUGAGUGAGGCAGUGGAAGAAGUCGACAGAAAACAACCAAAUAGUUAUAGAAACAUUAGUAUUGGUAAAACAACAGUCAAGAUUUUUAAAGACACAAAAAAUAAUACAAUGAUUUUAAGUUUGAAAACUAGGACUGAUGCUGAAUUUCCUCUUUUUCAAAUGUUUGUUAAAGUUUAUUCAGCUUAUAUUAAAUUAUUACCAGGUAUGUGUGGUAAAGGUUUGUGUUUUGUGGCAGAGAAAAAUGAUGCCGACUUCCUUCUGAUUUUAACUGUCGAUAUGAAGUCAGUCUCAGAUUUUUUGGAACUAUCAAUUCAUUUGAGUCAUUCAGAUUUGUUAUCAGUGCGUAUAGACAGUAUAGCGAGUCUUGAUAACGAUACUCUUUUGACCUAUCAUUUCCAAGAGUUUCAAGUUCAUUACGAAGAUGAUAAUCAAGUGAUAAUAGAUCCCCAGGACAGUCAUAUUAAUCUUAGAACCACAAUCAACCUGGGUUCGACUAAAGACGUGAACUCUUCUGAUAUACUAUCGUAUAAAUUUUUUGAGCCAGGAACACAUGAUAAGUCCCAUUUUAAGUAUUCUGGUUCUGAUAAUUACACACUAGAAGAUGGGAAAUACCAAGCAGUAGCACGAUAUGAUCUAAAUCCUGACGAACCAAUAGAUGGUAUUAUCAACUUUGGUCAGCAGAUAAAAAUUGCCGAUCAUAUAUAUCUAAAUAUCCGCAAGCGAUACACAGUUUUUCCAAAGGGACAAGAAGAUUCUACAUAUUUUUUGAACAGUGCCAUUGUGGGUCAGGCUCACAAACAGGGUGCUCUUCAAGCUAACUUACCGCAUGCAUUUCAUUAUCGAGAUUUACGGGGCACCCACGGAUAUUUCAAUACGUAA